ACCAAAAUUCAAACUGGCACUGCAAUUAACGAAGGAGAAGAAAGCACCAACCGAAAAAGAUGCAGGUGUUCGUGAAAACACUCACCGGGAAGACGAUUACCCUGGCGGUGGAGAGCAGCGACACCGUGGACAACGUCAAGUCCAAGAUUCAGGACAAGGAAGGGAUUCCGGCCGAUCAGCAGCGCCUGAUUUUCGCCGGGAAGCAGCUGGAAGACGGCAGAACUCUGUCCGAUUACAACAUUCAGAAGGAAUCGACGCUUCACUUGGUUCUGAGGCUGAGGGGAGGGACGAUGAUCAAGGUGAAGACGCUGACGGGGAAAGAGAUUGGUGUCGACGUGGACUUGAACGACACGGUUGCAGGGAUAAAGGUGAAAGUGGAGGAGGUGGAAGGAAUUCCGCCGAACCAGCAGCGGCUGAUCUUCAAAGGGAAGCAGAUGGCCGAUGACAAGACCGGGAAGGACUACAAAAUUGAAACCGGCGACGUUCUUCAUCUCGUGCUCGCACUCAGGGGCGGCGCUGCCGGCGGAAGUACUGCUGCUGGGUUGUAUUAGUUGGGCUUGGGCCAUGGGGUAGGAUCAGGGCUUUCUCUGCCUGUGGGAAACUGAAACUCUGUUAUUUAGGCCCAUGAUGUUUUAUGAUUUUUUUCUCUACAUAGGAAAAGUAUGUGUAAUUAUGAUUUCGUAAACUUGUGAUGGGUUCAAUUAUGUUACAUUAGUUUGUGUUUCUAAACCGUUAUUGAUAGUUGCUUAUUAUUAGCUCUAACUAGACGAGUAAAUUCGAUGCAUAGCUUGAGUAGUGUCCGUAACCAUUUAAAUUUGUUUAAACAUCCGUAGAAUAUAUAUGUAAUUGUAGU